AUGAUAAUAGCAUACGGUUCGCCCGCGCUGAGGAGGCACACCUCCGUGCUAGCGAAAAGGUUGCCAAAAAGGAAAAAGGUAUUCCUUCACCUGAGUAGUGCAGGGAGAACGUUCUCCUCCAUUUGUGUGGACAACUUGCGAAACAUCGGAAUCAGUGCACACAUAGAUGCAGGAAAAACGACCUUAACGGAGAGGAUUCUGUACUAUACAGGGAAAAUAAAAAGCAUACAUGAGGUUAGGGGGAGCGAUGGAGUAGGUGCAACAAUGGAUUCAAUGGACCUAGAAAGAGAAAAAGGCAUAACCAUCCAGUCAGCAGCAACGAAUUGUAACUGGGAUUUUAACAAUAAAAAAUUUACCAUAAAUAUAAUUGAUACCCCUGGACAUGUGGACUUCACCAUCGAAGUGGAAAGAUCUCUUCGCGUGUUAGAUGCAGCGGUUCUUGUUAUUUGUGGAGUAUCAGGGGUUCAAAGUCAAACGUUAACUGUGAACAGACAAAUGAAUCGGUACUUCAUCCCUAGAAUAUUAUUUAUUAACAAGCUAGACAGAGACGGUGCAAAUGUGGAAAGGACACUCAGCACUAUAGAGAAGAAGCUAAACUUGAACACUCUCCUGCUGCAAAUGCCAAUUGGGAUUGAGCAGAAAUUUAAAGGAGUAUACGACCUGGUGUCGAGGAAGUGCUACUUAUUUAAGGGAGUAAAUGGGGUCAUAGUGGAGGAAGUGAACGAUGCGGAGGUGACCACACACGAUCCAUCCUUUUCCCACGAAAUGAUGGACAUGCUUAGAACCCGUAUGUUCGAAAAGCUAGCAGAUGUGGAUGAUGAAUUUGCUGACGUUUUCCUCAACCAGGAAAUGAACGACAUAAAGACGGAGGAUGUGAUUGACGCCAUACGGAGGUGCACCAUAAAAAAUGCUAUCGUGCCUAUAUGUUUGGGCAGCGCCAAGAAUAAUGUGGGUGUGCAAAUUUUGCUAAACUACGUGUGUAGCUUUUUGCCCUCCCCCCGGGAGGUGGGUAGUUACGGCUACGUGUACGAGGGGGGCACCCCUGAAGGGGCGAACCCAAAUGAGGAGAACUGCGCCAGUACCACCACUGCUUCCAGCGGCACCCCUCCGCAGAGCAAAAACAGAAGGCGUGUCGACCUGCAAUGCGACAGCACCCUUCCCAUGGUGGGCUUCCUGUUCAAAAUACAGGAAGACUCCAUGCACGGGCAAAUGAGCUACUUCCGCAUCUACCAAGGGAAAAUAAAAAAAAAGGACAACAUAAUGAAUAUGCUAACAAGCAAAAAAGAAGUAAUAAAGAAGAUACUAAAAAUGCACUCAAAUAUGGCCCAAGAAGUGAACGAAGCGCAUGCAGGGGAUAUCGUUGCCAUUAAUGGGAUCAGCGGGAGAACGGGAACGACAUACACAAAUGGAGUAACCUCCAAUUUACACCUCCUAAAUAUACAUGUGCCUAAGCCAGUCAUAUCCGUAGCAGUGGAAAUUGAGAAAAAAGGAGACAUGACCAAGCUGACCAAGGCGUUAAACAAGUUCGUGAAGGAAGACCCGACAUUUCACGUAAAAACUGAUGAACAAACGAAGGAAAUUCUAUUCGAAGGAAUUGGAGAACUACAACUGGAAAUAUACAAAGAGAGACUAAAGAGGGAGUACGGUAUAGGAGUCCAACUGAAAAAUCCAAAAAUAAAUUUCAAAGAAACAAUUACGAAGCCAUAUGAAUGUACAUACACAUAUAAGAAGCAGAAAGGAGGUGCAGGAUUAUAUGCACAUGUUCAUGCGAUUUUCGAAACGGUAUCUGAUGAUUAUAAUGAGACGGGUUACUGUACCUUCGUUAAUGAAGUGGUGGGAAAUGAUUUGCCGAAAAAUUUUAUUCUAUCAAUUGAAAAGGCCUUUAAAGAACAAGUGGAAAAAGGUUACCUGAAUAGUUCAGAAAUUAUUAACAUGAAAAUGAGAUUAAUUGGAGGGAAAAUUCACGAAGUCGAUAGUAAUGACUUGGCAUUCAAAAGAGCCACCAUUCAUCUGAUUAAAGAAAAUUAUCAAAACUUUGUUCCUGUACUUUUGGAACCAAUCAUGGUCGUGGAAAUUAUUUCACACUACGAACAUCAGAGUAAUAUCCUCACCAGUAUUACCAAGAGGAAGGGACUGGUCACCAACAUUGUUAACCACAUGAACGCCGUUCAUAUUUACGCCGACAUUCCUCUAAAACACAUGUUCAAUUAUAUUAAUGAGAUUCGCUCUAUUACACAGGGUCAGGGUACCUACACCAUGGAGUUCGCUCGGUACGAGCAGGUCCCCAAGAGCGACUUGGACGAGAUCCUGCGCGCGGCGGGCAACGCGAAUAAGCGGUCUGAAUAG